AUGAAACCGAGUUUCUCAUAUCCCUGCGCAAAGAGGGCAAAUCUCCCCGAUAUCACACCCAAGUUCAGAUACAAACAUCUUGAUUCUCCAGGCUCAAUCCGGAUCCUCCUUCUGCAUCCUGCACCAGCCUCAUCAGCUAGGAUAUGUUGCGACCUCACCGACACCACAAUAUCGGCCUGUGACCUAGAUCUCUUCGAACACUAUGUAGCCUUGUCGAACUUGAGCGAGGCUCUCUAUAAUCUGAGAGAGGAAAAGAGAGCUAUCAGACUAUGGGCCGAUGCUAUAUGUAUCGACCAGCAAGAUGAUGACCAGCGUAACCAGCAGGUGUCUCUGAUGGGUCAGAUUUAUUCAAUCGUACGGCACACGGUCAUCUAUCUGGGCCAUUCCACUCCCUCCAUCGAUGCGGCAUUUCAAUAUGCGGUGUCAUCGGCAAAAGAUAUCUCCUCUGAGGAAGACGAACGCCAUAAAUCACCCGAAGAGCUUCAACUACAGCUCGUUGCAAGAGAAUUAUUGGACCGAGCGUGGUUCACUCGCAUUUGGGCCUUUCAAGGAUUGGUUCUCUCCCGCGACCCUUGGGUCCAGUGUGGUAAAUCACGCUUGAAAUGGACAACCUUCUGUGGUACCUUGCUUUGUACGUCAGUGGUCGAAGAAUCGGAUCAUUCACCCGCGGUUUUCCCUUCGGAGUACAUCGCACUUGAGAAUUACUACACCGAAUUCGAGACUCUGCGAUCACUCAAUGGUAUAAGGACAGCGUACCGAAUAGACAAAGUAGAGCGACAAGGUGUGUCUGAGCUUGCACUCUUGGAUCUCGUGACUUUUCGUCGUGGAUUGGGUGUCACAGAUCCUCGCGAUAUAAUUUUCGGCCAUAUGGUCUUGGUGGGAAUGCCAUUAGACGGGGUGCCGUUUGGUUCCAAUGAGUCUCUGUUGAGAGCCCCUGAGUACGGGAAGUCAGUUGAAGACGUUUUCAUGGAUUUUGCACGCGACAUGAUGGAGUGGUAUGGAUUCUUGGAGAUUUUCUCCUACAGAGAGGCUCUCUGCCCGUCUAAAAGAAUGUCAAACCUUGCGUCUUGGGCACCAGAUUGGUCGGUUCACCCUUUCAAGCAGCCUCAGAUUAUCAAACCAAGAGGGUGGAAGUGGCUGUCGGGUGCAAAGGCGGCUUUUCAAAGGCCACACUCAUGGAUUCCCAAUUCACGACUGCUAUUAGUUUCAGGGGACUCUUUCAAGGUUGUUGAGGUUAGUCGAGUGAUUCCCUGGAAUCCGUCAGAUAUCAUCGUGUUGGGAGAUGAUGAAAGCUUUUUUGCCGAUUGGCGCAACGAGUUGUACUGGAAAGUAUACGGCCACUACUCUCAAGCCAUAGGCCGGCAGUUUCUACCAAAACCCAAUUUUCCGUGA